GAUAGGCGUGAUCGGCGUGAUUUGGCGGUUUGUGUGGAAACUGUGGAAGGCUGCGGAACGUAUGGCUUGUGAUAUGUCUUUUGUCACGUAAUCAUAAAGAAUGAAGACAAUUGCUAUUUUUGGUGCUACAGGAGGUGUUGGUUUACACGCGACAGAAGUAGCUUUGAAGAGAGGUUUGCAGGUAAAAGCUUUGGUGAGGGAUCCCUCUAAGCUACCAGACCACCUUCGAAGCAGUAUCGAAGUUAUACAAGGAGAUGUAACAAAGGCUGAAGAUGUACAACAAACCAUUGAAGGACAGGAUGCUGUUAUAGUUACACUGGGUACCCGUAAUGAUUUAGGCCCUACCACAGUUUUAUCAGAGGGUAUGAAAAACAUUAUAACAGUCAUGAAAGAAAAUGGAAUAAAAUGUGUUUCAGUCUGUUUAUCAGCAUUCUUAUUUUAUGAGCCAGGGAAAGUGCCAGCAAGAUUCCAUUAUUUAAAUGCUGAACAUCAACGCAUGCUGGACUCUCUCAAGGCCAGUGGACUGAACUGGAUUGCUCUUCUGCCUCCACAUUUAACAGAUAAUCCAAGUGGGAAAUAUACAGUAAGUCAUGGUUCCUCGCCAGGACGGGCAAUUGCUAAAUGUGAUCUUGCUACUUUCAUGCUGGAGAGCCUUUCAGACCCAGAACAUUACAACCAGUUGUGUGGCAUUGCAACUGUUGCUUAACCACAGAAUGUUUGGUAAUUGUUUUUAGGAAAUGCUGUGGAGCAGAACAUUCAGAAAGUCGCUGGAACCAAGGAUGGAAAUGCUUCUUCCAGGUCUUCUCUUUUAGCAAAACUGAGUCACUUCAUAGACAGUGAAAUGGAGUCUCUUCUAUGGUUGUGGUGUGAAACAUAUUCACGUAUAGUGUAUGUGCAGCUUUAACAAAUGUAAUUGUUAUAUUUUACAGUAGUAGCAUGAUGAACCUUGUGAUGCAGGUUCUUAAAAUUUUAUGCAAUAAUUAAUAAUUCUGUGCCAUAUAUAAGAAUGGUUUGAUGACUUCAGAUGAGAAAGGGUUGCCUGUCAGUGUAUAUCUUGGUCCUCUUUCAUUAUCAGACUAGUACCCUAUUUUCAAACUGUGUUGAACAAUGUGUGACCAAGAAGGCUGGUCUGGAGGUGAUACUCUGGGCUUGUAUUGAGGAGGUGCUCAGUUUGAAUCUUGGCCAGGGCACUGGCUAUCCAGAAUUUGUUGUGGUUUUCCUAAGUCCCUCAUGGCAAUGAUAGGGUAGUAUCUGAAUUAGGCCAUAAGUGCAUCCUUCCAAAUCCUUUCCAAUUCAUCUGUCACCCUACCAUCUGAAGCUGUUUUCUACAUGUUGACAGCAUCAUUAAAUGACACAAAAAAACAAGGUGUUUCCAGGGUUCUGUGAUGACAUAUCAAUCAUCCACAGCAUGUAUAUUAUAGUUAUUAGUGUUCGUAUACUUUUGGUUCUCCAUUCUGUAUAAUUCCUCUGAAAACAAUGUUGCCUUCAUCAUGUAUA